GUGUGUGUUUGGUGGGAGGGACUGUGUGUGUAUCUAUAUUAAGUCUCCCUGUGACAGACAGGAUGGACAUUAAGAGGCAGAGUUAAAUAGCCCAGUGCAUUCCUCUCUACAUCCCUCUGUCUCUCCAUCCCCCAAACAACCAGACCACGUUUUGAGUUUCCACAUUCCUGUCUUCCAGAGGGGAAUCAGCACAGCCAAGAUGCCAGAGCAGGGGUAUCGGAAGUCUAAGAUCUCAGCCUCUAGGAAGUUGAUGCUGAAGAGUCUGAUGGUGGCCAGGGCCAAGGAGGACCUGGAGCAGGAGCAGGAGGAGAAGGAGAAGGAGAAGCAGAAGUACCUGGAGGAGAGAACUCCUCCUCUGGUGCUCAGUGGGAUGUCCUCAGCAGAGCUCCAGGAGCUGUGUGCAGAGCUUCAUGCCAAGGUGGACGUUGUGGACGAGGAACGCUACGACAUCGAGGCCAAAGUCCUCCACAACUCCAGAGAGAUUAAGGACCUGAACAUCAAGGUUCUGGAUCUGCGGGGGAAGUUCAAGAGGCCCAACCUCAGAAGGGUGAGGGUGUCAGCGGACGCCAUCUUGCGCUCGCUCCUUGGCUCCAAACACAAGGUGUCCAUGGACCUGAGGGCCAACCUCAAAUCUGUCAAAAAGGAGGACACAGAGAAGGAGAAGACUGUGGAGGUGAGCGACUGGAGGAAGAAUGUGGAGGCCAUGUCGGGCAUGGAGGGCAGGAAGAAGAUGUUUGAUGCAGCCAAAGGCCCCAACCAAUAGACAGAAAGCAUGCCACUGAGGAACCUGGGAAAUGUAGUUGUUUUGUACUCACUUCAUUAGUCUGCAUGAAAAUACAGAAUAUGUGUAUGGUCCAAUUGUUAUUAUUUUAAAAACUUUUUUGGUUAUUCUCAUUGAGAUAAAUCUCUUUCAAGAAAGACCCAUAAUUAUUUAAACAUUGAAAAGGCUUACUAGUACAUACAUGUAAAUUGCCUCUAAAGGAGUAGGGAUUUAAUCAAUUCUCUUUUCGUCCACAGAAAAUGUCCACAUUAUUAUAUGGACCGGUUUUCUUUUCUACUGGUUAUGGACAAUCACGUUAUAAAUUCUUACUUUUGUGUUUUUGUGUACCCGUUUUAUACACCAUUUUAAUAAACAGUUUGUGUUGA